AGCGAGGGAGAGAUCGAGAGAGAGGGAGAGAGAACGAUCGAUGUAGAGAGAAACCCGCGUCCCGCUUCGGCGUCGGCGGAGGCCUUUGUCGGCGCCUCUUUCGAGGACCCCGCGGACGCUUACCGGAGGCUCUUCGACGACCAGGGCGAGGCCCUGAAGGAGGCCGAGGAGUUCGAGCCGCGCAUCGAGUGGACCAAGGCCACGCUGUCGCGCUACUGUGGCCGCGAGUGGCUGCAGCAGCUCCUGAACACGCUGAACGACGAGCGCGGCCGUUGCGCCGAUGCGGCGGGCGGGGGCAGCGGCGCGUGGCUCUACCUGUUCCCGCGGCUGGCCAGCCAGGCCGAGGUCGUGGACUUCAAGGAGAUCACCGACGCGGCGCAGGCGGGACAGGCGCGCCUGGCGCGCUGGCACCAUGGGCAGGCCUGGCUUGACCUGCGGCGGCUGCUGGGUGACGGCGCAGGCGCUCCCGAGUUUGAGUUCCGCGCCUUCCUGUCCCAGGUCGGCAGGCAGCCCACCGGCAUUAACGAGGCGGGGGACCUGGCGGCUGCCCCGUUCGGCGCGUGCCACGCGUACAUCAAGGGCUCCGUCAGGCUCGACCGGCCGCUCGCGCAGCUGAUGCCCCGCGGCAUCCCGCCGCUGCCAGAGGCCGCCGGGGAGCCCUUCAUCCCUCCGCCACCGCAGAAGCCGCCCCCGCCGACGGCGAGCGAGGAGAUGGUGCUGGAGACGCGCAAAAUGGUCGGCCGACUCGCGGUAGAGUUUGCGCGCAUGGCCUGCGACGGUGGCCUCGAGGAGGGCCAGGCCACGGGCCCAGGUGACGAGGUCGGCCCGCACAGCCUGCUGGGGAGGCAGGCCACGCAGCGGUGGAUGCUACUCGAUUGGCUGAAUGGACGGCUGCUACAAGGAGCUGGCGGCCGAGCUCCGCCCGGCCAUCGUGCGCCUGGUGCGGUCGGAGGCGAAGGACGGACCCGCUUGCGGGAUCAGUGGCAACAAGAACGACGCCUUGUAUUCCAGCAUCCGCGAUCUCAUCCUUGGUGCACAUGUUCCGCGGCCUCAACCACGAGGUGCGUGCCCAGAAGCAGAAGAGGGACCGGACGCAAAGUUGUGGCGAAGCCCGCCGCUCACGGGCGAGGCGGACGAUUACGACCCCAGGUUUGGGAAGCCGGCCGACCUCGCGGCGCACCAGGCGCACAGGACUCGACGCUCCAGCGCCUCAUCUUCGAGGCAGAGCUUCUGGGCGACUGGGACAGGGCCACCGCGCUGUUCCAGGACAGGCUCGCGCUCGGGCGGAACGUGGAGAAGGGCGAGACUUGGUUCGAGUACGCCCGCUUCCUGAUGCGCUGCGGCCAGCGCCAGCUGGAGGCUGAGAAGGCCCUGCGGUACGCAGUCUCGCUGCGUCCUGUGUCGGAGGGCCCGAGUCUCCCGGAGGCCACGUUCUUGGCAAUGCUGCUGCAGAACCACGACCAGCCGAGCGCCCUGGGUUCAUCUCAG